AUGUUUAAAUUUUCUCCUUAUAUUCCAUAUAUAUAUAAAUGUUCAAAAAUACAAACUUUGAAAAAAUUUUAUUACGAAAUAAAAAACAAAAAUUAUAUUGACUUAAUUAAUUUUUCUAAAGGGUUGUAUCUUUAUUUGUGUAACUAUUCUCAUAAAUAUGACGAAAUAUUAACAAAUUUUACCAAAAUAUUAUAUAGAGAUAUAGCAAAAAAUCAGUUAGUAAGAUGUGAUAAAAAGGAUUUAUGCCUUUUAAUGCUUUUAUAUAUAAAAUGUAAAAAAUUAUGUAAAAAAUUUGUUCUUGAAAAAAAAGUAAUUAAUUACUUAAUUUCUUCUAUUGAAGAAAAUUUAGGUGAUUUUGAUGAAGAAGAUCUUUCAACAGUUUUAACUUUUUUAAAUUGCACAAAUAAUUAUAAAUUAUACUCAGACAAAAAUGCAGAAAAAAAUAAAGUAAAUGCAAAGAUUACAAAACAAAUAAUUAAGAGGAGUAUUCAUUACUUACAUAAUUUUAAUCAAAUGAAAAAUUUGUGUAUAUUAUAUAGUUACCUAUGUAGAGAAAACAUAAGUGUUCAAUUACAUAAUAAAAUUUUAAAACAUAUUUUUAGUGGAUUAGACAAAUGCGAAGAUACAGAUUUAACUAAUAUCGUUUUUAAUUUUUAUUAUAUCAACAGUUUUUUUUUCAAAAACUUUUUAAAUAAAAUAUGCGAAUAUUUUAUUUCUUAUGAAAGUAAGGUUGAAAUAGAAAAUAAAAAGAAAUCUUAUGAAAUAAAAGAGAAUGUAAUAAACACAAUUAAUAAUCACGAAAAAAAUGAAAAGAACUAUGAGAAGGAAAGUAAACUAAAUAUAUACAGAUUAAAGAAAAAAGAACCAAAUAACAUUAUCGAAAAUUACAAUAAUUUUAAGGAAUUUUUUGAUAUUAAAUUUGUUAUAGGGAAAAGUGGAAGUAGUUUGAAGGAUAAAAAUUUAAAUAUAAGUUAUUAUAACUUAUUUAAUAUUUAUAACUGUAAUAUAUUUGUAUAUAGAUUUAUAAAUAAGUAUAAUGAAAUAUUUGAAAAAAAAAAAAUAAAAAAACUUGCUGAUCAGUGCAAUUUUGUUGAUAAUAUUUGGAAAAAUUGUAGGAUGUUAUUUUGUUUUUACACUUAUUUUAAAUAUUAUAUAAAUAGAACAAAUUAUCAAAUAGAUAUAGAUAGUAUAAAAGAUGUUAUAAUAAAUAAUUAUAAUUUUAAUAAAAUGAAAUUAUAUGAUAACAUUUUUACACCUAAUAAUGUAAAAAUAUUUAUGUAUAUAUAUAAAAAUGGAAUAAAUUAUCAUCAUUAUUAUUUUAAUGGAUGUAGAGAAUUUCUAAAUAAAUAUGCAUUAGACAUUCUCCAAAAAAAUUUAAAAAAAGAAAAAGAAAACGACACAACUAAGUUAAUAAAUAAUGAAUAUAUUAACAUUUUAUUAAAUGUUUUAAAUCAGAUGAAUAUACACAAUGAUAACAUUUAUAAUUUAAUAAUGGAUAAUUUUAAAAUAAAUCAAAAUUAUUCCUUAAAGACAACUAUAUUAUUACUACAAUUUUCUUUUUCUCAUGCAUGUAAUUAUGAUUAUCAAAUUCUUUAUAAACAUGUAAUUAAAAUAAUAGAUGAUCAUAUAGUAUGUGAUCAUAAUUUUUUCCCUAAUAAUUAUGGAUACUUUUUCUUUCCACCUUUUAUUUUUAAUAAUAAAAUAUAUACAUUAUAUAUAAAAUCAUUUUUAAAAUGUUGCUUAUAUUAUUUAAAAAAAAAAGAAAAUAUACAAAGUUACAAAUUAAAUGAUGAAUUGUUAUAUUUUGGUUUAUGUUACAAUAUAUUAUUAUAUCAAGAGAAAAACAAAUUAUUUUUAAAGUUUUUUAAAUUAAAUGAUUUACGAAAAAUUUAUGAAUUUCUUCACAAAUUUGAAAAAAUAACAAAAAAAAAUUCUUCGUAUAUAAAUAAUACAAAAACAAAAAAAUUAAACAUAUAUUAUUUUUUUCUUCAAAAGAAUAGCAUUAAAAAUUUAUUAGAAUAUAUUGAAAUAUCUUUUAGUCAAACUGAAAAUAUGCAUAUAAAUUUUUUUAAUUUCUUUAAUCUACAUAAAAAUUAUUCCUAUAUAUAUAUAAAUUAUAAUAAGCAUUACUACAUUCCAUCAAUAGUCCCAUCGAUAAUAAUUCAAUAG